AUGAGUGAAAAUUAAGAAACCAAUAAGGAUAGAGAAAUCAGAGAGUAGAUGAAAAAGUAAUAUAUGGAAGAGGAGGCCAAAUUAUAGCAGGGAAUGGAAGAAGAAGAAUCAGCCUUGAGGGAUUACUUUAAAAAUAUUCAAAAACCUCUCCAGAGUGAUCCAACAAUUAUUCGCAGAAAAAGAUAUAAUGAGAAAAUGGCCACCUAUUAGGAGGUCAUUAAAGAUAUCUCAUUAAAUGAGAUGGUCAAAACUAUUUGGCAAUACGAAGCAAGUACCCCAGAGGAAAAUGAAACAUUAUACGACUGCAAAUAAUAUUUUAAGUGGAGAUGUUAUGAAGGAAUGGGAGCAUGUUUGGCAAUGACUAGUCUUAUCUCCUUUUGGAAUCGCCGAUAUCUCUCUUUCACUGCUAAAGGCUUAGGAGUAUUUGUUGGCCUUGGUACUGGUUUUGCAAUGGGUUUUCUGAGAUCUACCUAAUAUACUCUUUAAAGACUCGAAGAACUUGGUUCAGACUAUUAUCUUGGGAGAUUAGCUAUAAACGAGAUUGAAGACUUUAGAAUGGACAAGGUAAUUAAGAAAAAUAUUUGA